GUGCAGAGGAGAAGAUCCUGGCGGAGUUCCGGGAUGCCUGCCCGCACGCGGUGCCCCAUGACCUGCACCUGCUCCUGGCGGAGUUCCGGGAUGCCUGCCCGCACGCGGUGCCCCAUGACCUGCACCUGCAGGCCAUGGUGCGCUCGGCUGGCAAGCUGGUGCUGAUCGACAAGCUGCUGCCCAAGCUCAAGGCAGGUGGGCACAAGGUGCUGAUCUUCUCGCAGAUGGUGCGCUGCCUCGACAUCCUGGAGGACUACCUCAUCCAGCGGCGGUACCUGUACGAGCGAAUCGACGGGCGGGUGCGGGGGAACCUGCGGCAAGCCGCCAUCGACCGCUUCAGCAAGCCCGACUCAGACCGCUUCGUCUUCCUGCUGUGCACGCGGGCAGGCGGGCUGGGCAUCAACCUUACGGCUGCCGACACCUGCAUCAUCUUCGACUCGGACUGGAACCCCCAGAACGACCUGCAGGCGCAGGCGCGCUGCCACCGGAUCGGGCAGAGCAAGGCUGUGAAGGUCUAUCGCCUCAUCACCCGCAACUCCUACGAGCGCGAGAUGUUCGACAAGGCCAGCCUCAAGCUGGGCCUGGACAAGGCCGUGCUGCAGUCCAUGAGCGGGCGCGAGGGCAGCAUCGCCGGGAUCCAGCAGUUCUCCAAGAAGGAAAUCGAGGACUUGCUGCGCAAGGGGGCCUACGCGGCUAUCAUGGAGGAGGACGAUGAGGGUUCCAAGUUCUGCGAGGAGGAUAUUGACCAGAUCCUGCUGCGCCGUACGACCACCAUCACCAUCGAGAGCGAGGGCAAGGGCUCCACCUUCGCCAAGGCAAGCUUUGUGGCCUCAGAGAACCGCACGGACAUCGCCCUGGAUGACCCCAACUUCUGGCAGAAAUGGGCUAAGAAAGCGGACCUGGACCUCGACCUGCUCAACAGCAAGGUGGGGAGGGGGGGCAGGAGUGCUGAGGGCAGGGAAUGUCGGGGUGGGAGCAGCACUGCAGGAGGGAGGGGACCCAGCUGCUGCGAGCCCCCCAAGUUCCCCACCACUCGAUCCUGUGACGACGACCUGGUGGAGUUCUCGGACCUGGAGAGCGAAGACGAGGAGCGGCCGCGCCCCCGGCGCCACGACCGGCACCACCCCCUGCACCACUCGUACGGGCGCACCGACUGCUUCCGUGUGGAGAAGCACCUGCUGGUCUACGGGGUGCUGCUGCGGGUGCGGAUGUUGUACUACCUGCGCCAGGAGGUGAUUGGGGACCAGGCCGGUCCCAUGCCCUGCAGGGGGAAGCUGUCUGAGGAGGAGGAAUCCCUGCUGUCCCUGCCCACCUCCCAGGAGGGCGACUCGCCCCAGCCCACUGCCCCGGAGCUGCUGCUGCAGGAGCGACAGCGAGCCCACGAGUGGCCCAAGGACCGGGUGCUCAUUAACCGCAUCGAUCUGGUGUGCCAGGCUGUGCUGUCGGGCAAGUGGCCCACAGGUCACCGUAGCCAGGAGCUCUGUGGGGGCCACGGGGACUCUGUUCCCCGGCUGCCAGGGGACUACGCCAGCUCGCCCGCCCCCCACACGUGCUCCCAAGAGGAGGCGCCAGCCCUGUACACCCGCCUCCGGCACAGCCCCGAGGAGAAGGAGUUCACCGUGCAGAUCAAGGACGAGGAGGGGAUCAAGCUGACAUUCCAGAAGCACAAGCUGACCCCCAACGGCACUCUGCACGAGCGGCCCCUGCCGGGCCCCAAGAAGAGCAGCAAGAAGCUGGUGGAGCUGGAGCUGCUGUGCCUGGAGGGGCUGGGGAG